AUGUCUAAGCCAAGCAUUCUCUUCGUUCUUACCUCCCACAACAAGCUCGGCGACACGGGCAAGCCCACUGGCUGGUACCUCCCCGAGCUCGCGCAUCCCUACCACGUCCUGCGCAACAAAGCCAACAUCACCGUCGCAUCCCCUAAGGGUGGCGAAGCCCCCCUCGACCCCGCGUCCGUCGAAGCCUCAAAAGACGACGUCUCCGUCAACUUCCUCAAGAAUGACGAGCAAGUAUGGAAGACGACACAAAAGCUUGCCGACUUCAAGGGCAAGGCCAAGGACUUUGACGCCAUCUUCUACGUCGGCGGCCACGGCCCCAUGUUCGAUCUCGUCGACGAUGCCACAUCCCAGCAGUUGAUCAGGGAGUUCUGGGAAGCGGAUAAAGUUGUUUCGGCAGUGUGCCACGCACCCUCCGUCUUCUACGACGCGAAACUGAGCGAUGGAAGCUUGCUGAUCGCCGGCAAGGAAGUCACGGCUUUCACCAAUGCCGAGGAGGAGCAGGCGGGCCUCACCAAGGCUGUGCCGUUUUUGCCCGAGGAUGCGCUGAACAAGGCGAGUGGAGGCAAGUUUGUCAAGGCGGCAGAGCCUUGGGGCGAGAAGGUUGUCGUCUCUGGAAGAUUGAUAACUGGUCAGAACCCCGCGAGUGCUACUGGUGUCGCCGAGGCUAUCGCAAAGGCAUUGGGUAUCUAAGACAGAAUAUCUAGCCUAGCAACCAUAUAGGGUUAGCUCAAUGAAAAAAUAAUGUAAUGA